UAGUUUUUGUUGGAGUAACCAAAUGCAAUUAUUCUCAAAAAAACAAAGUCAAAAAGUGCAAAACAUGGAGUUUAGCCUGAAUUUCAUUCCUGAAGACGUGUUACGGUUCUAUGGUAGACUUGGAAUGGAACUGAAUAAGCUAACUCCUGACUUACAAAAUACGCCAAACACUGUUGGACAUGCUUUAGAAAUAGCCAAUGAUGCGCUUUUGGAUAAUUUCUUGGAAAGUAAACCAAGAGUUGUUGCAGAUACUGCACUGCCCACAACUAGUAUAAUAUCGAAUCGCUACACCAACAACAACAGUACAAUAGCACCAGACUCCAAUUCACGAAAUGUGCAUAUUCCUUAUAUACUUAAUGGUGAGCUCUUUGAAAUACAGACACAGGACGGCGAGAAUGUAACGGUAAAAUGUUGCAAUUGUCCACCAGAUCGUGUUUAUCGUGGUAGCGUAAGAUCUACAGGCAAUUUCCAUAUGCAUAUAAAGCGCCGACAUCCGGAUUUAAUGGGAAAAAUAUAUGAUAUGAAGGUAAAUGCCUUGGUAGAGAGACGAGAUCGCUUUCUACGUAAUCGGAAAACCACUCGCCGUCGCGGUGUCCACGCCAAUGGGAAUAGAAAAUCACGUAGUGGUCAACGCCUAACAUGCUCAACGCAACCAACUUCAGAGCUGUUUAAGAUCAAAGCUGCUUUUCAACGCCAUCAGCUACAAAAACAACAAAAUCGACAUCAACAAGAAAAUCAUAAACGAAAACAAAAGAAAACUGAGCAAAACUCUGGUAUUUUGAAUAAGUGGAAUUUGAUCGAUCACUUUUUGGUUACACCCGGUCUGCAGAGAGCACAAGAUAUAACACUAAUGGAAGUCUUUAAUGAGCAACCACUCGAUUUUAGUCUCAAGCAAUAUAAUGCUGCUGAAAGUACCGUUAUUAACAUUAACUAUACGGAGAGGGCCGAUGAGCAUAUUACGAAUGAGCAUCAUACAAACGCAAAUUUAGGUACAAAUGAAGUUCCAUUGACAAUGGUAGGAGCAAAUGAACAAGUAACGGAUUAUCAGCUAAUAUCCACAUAUAAUAAUAACAAUAAUCAAGUUUUGAACUAUAUUACAACAAAUCAACAAUCGUCGGACGAGAUAUUGGCAAAUAAUUUCACUCAACAACAUGAGGAGCACGUGCCACCGCUCUUCGCCAACAAUAGUGAGCAGUCAGUGCUCGGUCGUGCAACUACUAUAAGCGCCAUAACUCCAUGUCCGAGUGAUUUGAGCAGUUAUGAGCCUAAUCAAGGUCUCAAUAGUAGGUCUUAUGAUUUAAAUUAUAAUCAUAUGGGUUUUAUCAAGAAUGAGCUCUUACUAAAUGAAGUGGUCCAACCAAUUGAUUUGUCUGCACAACCAACUUCUUCUGAUUUAUCAGCUUCUUCUGGUUUUAGUUCCGCCGUAGAUAUACAAACAUCUUGCGGUACAACGAGUUUUAAUACAACGGGUGAAAUGAAUUUGAGUACGAGAUGUGAAGACGUUAUUUCCCAACUUGCAAUAACGUUACAAAAUUUACAACGUGAACUGCAAACCCACAAUCAAACUAAUAACAAUUGGCUUUGUUUGGAGAUAGCGAAAUUUAAGUUUUUGCAUCCCAACUUCGAAUUUCAAUACUAGUCACACAAAGUGAACUGUACAUAGAUAUAUCUACCAGGUGUGGAUAGUAAUUUACUAAUAUAUAUGUAUAACAAGUUUCUUUUUUUUUACUCCUAAGUUAAGCAUUUAUAUAGUUCUUUGUUGGUAUUAAAUACUUUUGUUAGAUAUGCAGGCGUAAUAUAUUAGUUUUUAGUAUUGACUUUCAAAAGCAUUACAUUUUAAGAAUAAUAUUAGAAUUAAAGAAUUACCACAGUGCAUACGUUCGCUGUUUUACGCAAAUUUUUAGGUUGAAGAUAUAUUUUUUUUUUAUUUUUGCAUUAUUUUCUAAUGCUUAUCUAUGAAAUAUUAAAGCGGCCUUCGUGAACUAAGGUUAUUUUCAUGUAUAUAGAUCAUAAGGAGAAAAAGUUGGAAAAACUGUUUUUUUUUUUUAAAUAAGAUUUAAAGGCAAAUCAAUUGUUUAAAUUAAACAUAUUUAACUUUGUACAGUCUAAAGACCUAGAACAACUUUCUAUAAUAAUUCUGUGAGAACUUUCCUUGAUUUAUAAAUGUAAGCAAACAACUAAACCAAAUACAAAUUAAAAAAUAC